GCGAGCAAGUCGCUCUCCUCAGUGCUGAAAUCGCUGCUGGUCGUGAUCAUGUAAACGGCGAUGAGGCCAAACGAAACGUCGGCAAAUGCACACCAAAAUGGACGAUGAUCUGUUUCAGCUGAGACAGUUGCCUGUCGUCCGCUUCCGUCACACGGGCGAGAGCACUCGCUCGGAGGAUGAGGGCGACAAUUGGGAGCCAGUUGCAGAGGUUCGUGGGGAAGAGCAGACAGCAGAGCUGGAGUCUGUGGCGCUUACAGACGGAGCUCCUGUCCCUCGGGAGUUUGCCAACCCAACUGACGACACAUUCAUGGUGGAGGAUGCUGUGGAGGCUAUCGGCUUUGGGACCUUCCAGUGGAAACUCUCCAUCCUCACUGGCCUGGCCUGGAUGGCCGAUGCAAUGGAGAUGAUGAUCCUAAGCAUCUUAGCCCCACAGCUCCAUUGCGAGUGGAGACUACCAAGCAUGGAGGUGGCACUGCUUACAUCGGCGGUGUUCAUUGGAAUGAUGAUCAGCUCCUCUCUGUGGGGAAACAUAUCCGACAAGUACGGAAGAAAGACAGGUCUGACAAUGAGUGUGUUGUGGACCAUCUUCUACGGUCUGAUGAGUGCUUUUGCACCCAUCUAUGGCUGGAUCCUCGUCCUACGGGCCCUGGUGGGCUUUGGCAUAGGUGGAGCUCCGCAGUCGGUGACCUUGUAUGCGGAAUUCCUCCCCAUGAGGUCCAGAGCAACGUGUAUAUUGUUAAUUGAGAUAUUUUGGGCAGUGGGCACAGUGUUUGAAGUUCUUCUUGCCAUCCUAGUGAUGCCCUCUCUGGGCUGGCGAUGGCUGCUCGCUCUCUCUACCAUCCCCUUGUUAAUCUUUUCCGUCCUAUGUUUUUGGCUACCUGAGAGUGCUCGAUACGACGUGCUGACGGGGAAUCACGAUAAGGCUCUGGCUACUUUAAAGCGGAUCGCCAUGGAGAAUGGAGUGCCCAUGCCUUUGGGAAAACUUAUUGCUGCAAAACAAGAGGAGCGUGGGAAGAUCCGAGACUUGUUCUCAUCGCACAUUCGCUGGACUACAGUCCUGCUGUGGUUCAUUUGGUUCGCAAACGCCUUCUCGUACUACGGCCUGGUGUUGCUCACCACCGAGCUCUUUCAGGAGGGAGGUGCAUGUGGAGUGUCCAAAGGUAAUAAGAUGGAGCUGCAGUGCAGCUUGGAGUGCAAAUAUCUGAACAGUGACGACUACAAAGACCUGUUAUGGACAACCUUAUCGGAAUUCCCAGGAUUAUUGGUGACUUUGUGGGCGAUCGAUCGCUUAGGAAGAAGGAGGACCAUGGCCCUGUGUUUCCUGGUCUUCUCUCUGUGCAUCAUUCCUCUUUAUGGUUGUGUGGGGAGAACUUCCAUGACGGUGCUGAUAUUCAUCGCCAGAGCUUUCAUCGCUGGAGGUUUCCAAGCUGCCUAUGUGUACACCCCAGAGGUGUAUCCAACUGCAACCCGAGCUUUAGGAUUGGGGACGAGCAGUGGAAUGGCCAGAGUUGGUGCCUUCAUCACACCUUUUGUUGCCCAGGUGUUGUUGGAGUCGUCAGUGUAUUUGGCGCUCUCGGUGUACUGCUGCUGCUGCCUGCUCGCCGCCAUCGCCUCCUGUGCGCUGCCGAUUGAGACGACAGGCCGAGGCCUGCAGGAGUCCAGCCACCGCCAGUGGGGGCAGGAGAUGACGGGCCGGGCCUCCUCCCACAGCUCAGAGCAAAUCCCUCACUCGGGCUCUUGCUCCCAGGACUGAGUAAUAAUGACAUUAUUGAAAUGAGGGACAAAAGUUCUUGACCCACGCCGUCAAUCCUCGUUCUCUGCGGUUAAGUGCACUAAAGUGGCUUCAGAGACAGCACAAUCGUGUAAUGUUACAACCCCAAGUAGUCGUCAACCACCACUACUGUCACCAUUUCACCAUUGUGUACCAACAACGGGAGGGCCGGAUGUGGGAUUGAGCCACAAAUGGUGGAGGACUUUCUUGGAAAAAUGAUACUGACUGUAGCUGGAGUGAAAUGAAGAAACGUGCUUUGCGAGGCACAAGCACAGAAGGGAACAGAAGUUGUACCGUAGCGUCCGGCAAAUGAGAAAACCUCACAAAUAGCUCUAACAUAUUGUUUACCAUCUUUGACAUGUGUGUUGUCUGCUGCAUUUUGAAAAAUGAACACAUUCUGCGAUAGUACCAUAUUUUUUGGACCAAAAGGCGCAUCGAGUUAUAAGGCACGGGGUUGAUGAACGAGUCUAUUUUCACACACAAGGCGUAUUAGAGAAGUUAUAUUAUGAUUCCUUUUUUAUACAUUCAGGAUGCGCCGUUUUGUGGGCGGGUCCUAUUUACGUGGCUCCACUUUGACAGCUCCUUCUCCCCGUCAUCUUUUGUUAUGGAUAAUAGUGCUUCCAUAGCAAGUCUACUGACGGAUAUAAGAACUGUAUGCAACUUUAUAUUAGAAAUGGCAACAGUGGAGGAUGAAUGCACCACAAGAAGAGGAUAGAGAAAAAGAAGGAGCUGAGUGAACACACCGCCUGCACAUUUAUGGGACUUAAGCAGAUUCCAAAUACACGACAGCAGGUAUCAAAAGGUAAAACAAAGUUGGUUUUGCGUAAUAGGUCGAAACAAAACGCCAGAUAAUAUGUCUCCUAAUAGGUGACAUUUGGGGGCCUUAUACACACACCAUAAUAAUACCCGUAUGUUGAAACAGUACGUCUGACUAAGAUAGCCGUAAUGCUCUUCCGUCCAUCAAGUUGUGCGGCUUCGUAUCUUACCAAAGUCGUUUUCAAAACAUUUUGUCAGAUUUUUACGCGCCGUGUGUACUGUUCUAUAUUCUCAAUGAAACAUCCAUGUUUUGGUGUUGCUUGCUUACCGGCAUUUGCUAGAGUCAUUUAUUGAACAGGCCACACCUAUCCCCUAUGUGUGACUGCCAUCUACUGGUCACACUUAUCAUUACACCAACUACCAAAUAACAUUGCUACCAACCAAUCAGAAUGCGUUCAUCAGUAUUGUGGCCACUGAUUGGUUUAGCAUCCGGCAGUGUGACUAUUUUGCAAUAAAAUACCAUAAAGGUGACUAAAGGGCGGUAUUUCUUGUCUAGAGGGCUUACUAAUUGUUGAAAAAAUGUACUUAGGAGGUAGUAAACAUUUUUUUUAAUGAUGUAGCUAUGAAAAAUAUAUAUAUAAUUAAUGAUUCCUACUUCGCGGAAAUAUCAUUUAUCGUGGUCAUGUCUGGAACGAAUUAACAGUGAUAAAUGAAGGAUUACUGUAUUAUGUAAAACUGUUGUAGCAAAACAAAGUCAAUAUCAUACAAUAACUAAACAACAGCAAAAACUACUGCAUAGUUACCGGCAAAUCAAUCAAUCAAUCAGUGUUUACUUAUACAGCACUAAAUCACAAGUGUCUCAAAGGGCUGCACAUGCCACAACGACAUCCUCGGUUCAGAUCCCACAUCAGGGCAAGGAAAAACUCCUUUGGUAUUUGCCCUCAAAGUAUUCCUGUGUCCGGGGAAUAUUCCCAAAGUUGAUUAAUAAAAACAACAACAAAACAAUAUUUUGAGAAAACAAAAAUAUCGACCUAAUCAUUCUAGUAUCACUCUUAUGCUGAUAUUACACUUGGUAUUGACGUAAUGAUACUCUAUAAUGCUACUCAAAAUACUACAAAAUGUUUCUUUGCUGGGACGGCGUGGCGCAGUGGAUGUGUGACCGUGCGCAACCCGAGCGUCCCUGGUUCAAUUCCCACCUAGUACCAACCUCGUCACGUCCGUUGUGUCCUGAGCAAGACACUUCACCCUUGCUCCUGAUGGGUGCUGGUUGGCGCCUUGCAUGGCAGCUCCCUCCAUCAGUGUGUGAAUGUGUGUGUGAAUGGGUAAAUGUGGAAGUAGUGUCAAAGCGCUUUGAGUACCUUGAAGGUAGAAAAGCGCUAUACAAGUACAACCCAUUUAUUAAUUUAUUAUAGUCAGUUUAAAGGGAUCACGUCCACACUGUCAUCUAGGGAACUAAAAUAAAUAUAUUGUCAGCCAGAAGGGAUUGGUAUUAAAAGGCAAUAAUCCGCAAUGGCGAUCACAUACUUUUUCAUGAAAAUCAUGCUUAAUGGCCGAUUUAUCAGGCAUCCUAACUUAAAACAAUGUGUUAAGACCUAAUUGAGUGCCAAACGUCACGCUGCAUCUGUCAAAUUUGUUCACGCUCAGAGUGAUCUGUAAAUAAUGCAUCCAACUUGUUUAGUUGUCAGGCUUUUCUUUGUAAUGAGGUGAUGUGAAAGACAACGUAUUUUGCCCAAUCUGUGUUUGGAAACUAACUAGCAGAUGCCCAUCUAGCUGGUUCUUCCAUGAUUAAUUCUAUCGGUGUAAAGACAUAGUGCUGCAUUAGGUGUCUGUGUGCACCGAUUCCUGUCAAUACACUGGAUGUGGCAAUAAAAAGAUUCUUGCAAAAAAGCAGUGACACAUGCUGUUUUGUUUUGUCAAGUCAUUCAGAUUCUUUCAAACAUUUUAACCGUCUUUUUGUCGAUGCACAUUCGUAAAUGUGAUAUUAUGUUAUACUUCCCACUAUAAACCAGGGCUUUUAACCAUAGGACUGAGGCGCCAAAAAUAUGUGUUUGUCAGCUGUAGUCCAUAUGGGCCACAGCAGUACUUAGUUGUAAUACACGUUGUCACCACUUGUGGCAGUAAUGACAAGAUCAAACAGACAGAAAAAGUAUGGAGCUAAAGUUAUACAAACAUUUCUUAAACGCAAAAAUUACAACCAAACUUUCAUUUUCACUUUAAUUUUAUUGACAGUUUAUUUAAGAAACAUUUAUAUUAUGACAAGCGGUAGGAAAUGGAUGGAUGGAUGUAUAUUUUAAUUUAGCUUGAACUUAUUUAUUUUAGCACUGCAUAAUUUGAAUCAUCCAUCCAUCCAUUUUCUAGCGCUUGUCCCGUUUGAGGCCGCGGGGGACGCUGGAGCCUAUCUCAGCUGCAUUCGGGCGGUAGGCGGGGUACACCCUGGACAAGUCGCCACCUCACCGUAGGGCCAACACAGAUAGACAGACAACAUUCACACUCACAUUCACACACGAGGGCCCAUUUAGUGUUGCCAAUCAACCUAUCCCCAGGUGCAUGUCUUUGGAAGUGGGAGGAAGCCGGAGUACCCGGAGGGAACCCAGGCAGUCACGGGGAGUACAUGCAAACUCCACACAGAAAGAUCCCGAGUGCAGGAUUGAACGCAAGACUAUUGUAUUGUGAGGCAGACGCACUAACCCCUCCUCCACCGUGCUUCCCCUAAUUUUAAUUAAUAAUUAAAAAAAAAAAUGUUAUUGACAGCUAAGAAACACAUUUCUUAUUAAUUUAGUUUAUUUAUUUCAGCACAACAUAAUGGUAUGCAAUUUUUUUUUUGUCAGUUGGGACCCAUUUUGCCACUUAGCAUCAAAAUUAUUCCUGAGCGCGGCCACUGCUGCUGCUCACUGCUCCCUCUCACCUCCUAGGAAGUGGAACAAGGGGAUGGGUCAAAUGCAGAGGGUGAUUUCACCACACUUAGUGUCAGUGGUACUUUAACUUAAGUCUCUUUUUAUGCAGUAUAUUCGGUUAGUACUUAUCUAAUCAGUCUGGGCCUAAGGUUUAUCCGUUAAAUAAAUUGUAAUCUUAGUGAUUAACAUAUGGUUUUGUAUCAUUUGACAUGGUUGUAAACUGUAAGUAGGCUAUUUACUUUGUGCUACUUUUUAUAUGUAUGAAAAGUGCUAUACAAAUAAAGUUUGAUUUGAUUUAGAUAUAAUUAUUGAAUACCCGUAAGAUUACUGAUUCAGUAUUAAUAUUUGAAUGGGGCUCCAGCUCCCUUAUAAUGGAAAAAUUGAGUUCUGAGGUCUAAAUGGUAACGAACCUCACAUUAAUGUAUGCGUCAUUAGCCACUGGAAAGAAAAUUCCAACCGAAUCACCAACACAAAUUCACAGGUGAGCUUUCAGUUCAAGACUCUUUUGUCCCAAGAUCUGACCCAAAAGCCUGGCAGCUUCCUGAGCACAGCCUCUGUAAA